ACUUGUGUCAUAAAUUAUCUUGUUGGACCCGUCUUCUGCCUGGAGCUAAUAUUUCCUUCAAGGACACCGUCCCCCUAUCUACAUGUAGAUGUUUAGUGAGCUCUUUGUAUCGCGCACCUGCUGCUGAGAUGGAGGACAGUGUACAGCUGACCGACUUCCGGGCGCUCCGGCGCUCCAGCAGCGUCGGGGACCUGGACAAUUGUAAGUUUAUAUACGACACAAACAAAGAACUACGCGAGAGACUGACCAGAGCAAACGAGAGGAAGAAAGUAAACCAAUGCUAUAAUCAGAGUGAGGACGAGCUGCGACCCAGGAGUCUGACCGUGGAGUGCAUGGAGAGACCCCCAAGGCGGCCACGCCCCACCCCCCGGCACUCCAAGAGUCUCAAAUUCAACCGAGAACAUAGCCAACAGAGUGAAGAUUCUGUCUUAAUGUCGGACUUGCAAGAUUUAAAAUCAUUUACUUCGGAUAGAGAUUUAACAAGAACCAAAUCUCUGCUGAAGCCCACACCUGUGUACCCAGAGGAUGUGUCGGACUAUACAACAACAGACCAGGGGUCCUAUAUCAGCCUCAGCGAGACCAGUGGACAAAGCCAGGGCUGGACAGAAAACGAGGAAACCCCUCCAAUUGGUGAGUCACCCGAAACCAAGGGAUUCAAGUUCACCCCGUCCAACCGAGAUCCCAGGUGGCUGAAUCGAGUAAAACUAGACCAUAGCCUACCAGCUUUAGAUCACAUGUCACUGUUGUUAAAAAGUAAACCGAGAGCCUAUUCCGAAAGAAAUCUUCACCGUCUCCAAAAUAAGCAUGGCAUUAUUGCAUCUACGAAAGAAGGCGAGAGCUCCGAGAGUUCCUACAAGAGAGGUCCAUCCAGAGGUGUUCAAAACGGCCUGUACUCAGACUCAGAUCCCAAGUUUGAAAGUGAUGAUUCAGCAUUCCUUACCCCAUAUAUAAGGAAUGGUGAUCAGCAAUCAAACUCGGGAAAAAUCAGCAUAGUGAACGCUGACAGUCUCCGUGUGGAUUUUCUAAAGGAUGAGGGCCUGGAGACGACCGCUCAGCUUGAGCAGAAAAUCCCGCUCAUUCACUCAGAGUCCGUGGAGUCGAGCACCAAGUCAUUCAAACUAUUGCAGCUUAAUCCAGAAUUAAAGAACUGUGUGACCACUAUUCUGAGUGUCCUUUAUGCCACUUUUAUCGUCGUCAUCGGAUCUGUGAUGUCAAUGACCGAGUCCUUCCUGAAGGCUAACAGGCCACUGUCGUUUGAGCUGUUUUAUAUAUUCAUUUAUUCCGCGAGCAUUUGUUUCCUGAUCUUUGUGUAUGUCUUCCUCCUCCGGAAACGAUCCGGGGAAAUCAUAAGGCAGGCAGUGCGCAGACUCAGUUUCCAUGACAGCCAACCGAUGUUCCGGCGCGUGGUAACCUUUUCAAACGUUGGCCAUUCUGGUGGAUUCUACCUUCGACUCGGCGCGAUAGGAUUUGGUGUUGGCGGAAUGAUCUUGGAUGGUCUCUACAUAGCCGAGAAAUUCGAAGAUUACGGGAACCCGAACUCUUGUUACCCCGGCAUCGCCGCGGCCACUUAUAUCGUCAAGAUGGUGUUCGCCUUUUCACAGCUGUAUUUUGUCUUUAAUAAUGCUGAGAUGAGGAUGCUGACUCACCAGAGUCUUGCUAAGUUUGGUCUGAUGCACAUGACGGCCACCAAUAUAUGUGAGUGGUACCGGACAGUUGUGGUGGAAACCCUGGAGACAUUGACCGAGGAAGCGGAAGGUCAAACCAAGGUCACGACCAAUCUCACAGACCACGUGCACGACCUAUCCAAUCCUGUCAAUAGCACAGACUACAAGUCGUGUAUGCCUAGCAAAUUUGUAGCGAACAUCAUCAAAGAUACUAGUCCGUACCUUUACCCGUUCAAAAUCGAAUAUAACCUCAUCUGUGCUGGAAUUUUGUAUGUGAUGUGGCGCCACCUUGCGUACAACAGUGAGGUUAAACGCCUGCCUCUUUCACGCUCGGAGAGUAAUGGCGACAAGCGGAGGCGCCGCCUCACGGUCGACUGUUCCAGCUCCAGCAAAGGCUUGUUCCUGGGGAUCCUACUGUUUGUGACUGUGGUGAUCUCUCUGAAAUCGUUCGCCAGCCUCGUCAAAGUCAAUCCGAACGGAAUGACUGUCCUGUUUGUUUCCCACUGCACGGAGAUCGGACUUUACACGAUGGCUCUCAUCAGCACGGUCGUGGCAGCGUUUCGAAUGAAAGAUUUGAAAUAUGAUUCAAAAGAACGAGCGAAGCUGGAGGAAAAUUUGAUCGGCAUAUCGCAGCUUGGGCUUUUCAUGUAUGGAGUCUUUAGUAUGGUAGCUGGAAGCAUUGAGGGUAAUACAGCACGCGGGGCAUUCACCAUUGUAACAAGUUGUCUGAUGAUGACGCAAGCAGCUUUGCAGACGAUAUUUCUUUUCGCAGCAAUGCGCAUGUCAGCCCGCAAGGAACAAUCCACGAAACCUGGACGAGAAUUUGUAACGUUUUUGCUUCUCUGUAACUUUUGUAUGUGGGUUGUGAAUACGUUCGAGACAAUUCGGCCAGAACACAAUUCUGUCCAGAUCAGUAUCUAUGGCGAGGACGCCUGGGCCAUCUUUGUCCACAUCUCCGUCCCCCUGGCCAUAUUCUACAGGUUUCACUCCACCGUCUGCCUGUCUCAUAUCUGGAAGUAUGCAUGGAAGGCAAAAGGGGAAUUCAGAUAGAAAACUCCUCAUUUUAUUCAAACAGCUUGGUAUUUACAGGUAGAUCACCAGAGACCAAGAUUAAAUAACCCUUUUCCCAAAAUCAAUACAUGAAGUACAAUUGUGUUACGGUUAUACAUGUUUAAGACACUUGGAUAAAGCAAUCAAACAAUUUU